UUAUGAUUCUACGGUAUUUUUGUAAAACAAGUUUCUUGUUAAUUUGUAUACUCCUCAAUCUUUUAUUGAUACCAAAAUUAUAUGCGGAAAACAAUCAAGAUACUUUAGAAGUUUCGAAAAUGUAUUUAUAUAUGAAUAUCACUGGAAUAGCGAGCUUGAAAACGGAGCGUGUUCCAGUAGAGCAGAGACAACAGAAAAGAUUCUACUCAAAGCGAUUAAUUUCCAAACUUAAGCAUGAUAGGAAUUUAGAAGUGAUAUCUUCUACAAGAAAUAAGUUCUGGAAUAAUGCAAUUGUUUCUUUAAGUCACGAAAAAUCGUCGCUUGAGCGCAAGGAAAGUAUGGGCAACAGAGAGAUUCCGUCCAAGAAAGACCGUUCUGAGAAGAUUGAUAUUUUUCAGACGAGAAAGUUAUUAACGAGCGAGAACUUCAAUAAUCCCAGUGAUAGAAAAAAGAAAUUUAGUAGUGAACACCCCGGUGCCUAUAUUACCAAUUAUUUAUCUGCAAGUGAUGCAUCCAAAGCGAAGACAAUCGAUAAUGCAGAAUCAAUUUUCCAGGAGGACACCAUGAAUGAUUUAUUUAAUAUAAGUUAUAUGGAAGAUGGUUCUGGAAUUUUUGGCGGUAAAAAUGACGGAGAUACUUUGAUUUCUCAGAGCCCCAAUAUGGUUACUCCUUCCACUGAUGAACCAACGAUUUUAUCUUCCGUAAACCCAGUAACCUCCUCUGCUACACAUCGACUAUCAUCUUUUAAUUCAUCAGCAUCAACAACACCAUCGUCGUCAGCAUCAUCACCAUCAUCAACAUCGCCGUCACCAACAACGUCAGCUGCAGUUGCAUCACCAUCACCGUUAUCAUUAUCAUCGUCUUCGUCGCUUUCUACAAACGAGGAACUUAUUUCAAAUGUCUCAUCGCUGCCCGGCGACCAAUUGUCUGGAACAAGUCAGGAAGCCACCACACCAUCCACACACAACAAACUGCCUAAUAUGACGGCUGGCCGCAUUAGGGAUCAGAUCACUGACUCACACAAUAUAUCAACAUCAACAACAUCGUCACCGAAGGCGACGACAAACACCACCACAACAACAACAACAACAGCAACAGUACCAAGCGGAAGAGAAACUAAAGAAUCCUUUGCAACAACCAAUGAUCUCAUUUUAAAUUCGGUAGCGCCUACCACAUCGAAUUAUUUUAACACAACUUCUACACAUGUAAAUAUGCCGCAGCAUUUAUCAUCAAAGCCAGAAACAUCAACCGAGAGCACUGAGAGUAAACUCAAGCAAACUUUACCUCAGCCUAGCUCUAGCACAUCCCAUGUGAUGCCAAAGGAAAACACCACUAGAGAAAUAGUUGGGUCAACAUCUUCGGCCAUUUUUACAAAACAUAUUGAAAUGUCGUCCACUAAAAAUAACAGUAUUUUCGUAGAGCCAGCCAGUAUUACUCCAUCAGAAGUUACUCCGAGUAUAGACAAUACCAAGCCGUUUCGUAAAGACAUAACCAAUACUGCCGAAGACAAAACUGUACAAAAAACUUCUUUCGCACCGACAAGACAAACGGCUACACGUUCAACCGAUAGCACCUCUGUAAAUAGCCCGAAACGAAGAUCAUCCUUAUGGCGGGGUGAUACACCACGUGUUACUAAUGUGAUAGAAUCCACAACAAGAACAGACAGUGUUCAAACGACGGAGUCAAGUCCUACAGAAGAGACGAUAUUUAUUCCGGUGAAUACAUUAGCAUCAAAAACUGAAAAAAAUAACGAACAUUCUCAACAAAUAAGCUCAGUAGAGACAUCAACAAUAGCAACAUCACCAAUAAGUAGUUUAUUUUUAACAAAAGUGUCUAGUCCAGUCCAGGUUGAUACUACUAGUUCUAGACCGACGACAACCAUUACUAGAGGAUUUAGGACGACAAAACGCAAUCACACACUGACAACAGCAUCCAAUCAUAUUACAUCCAGUUACACACCAAUAACAUCUAGUCACACACUAGCAAAACCCAGUCACAUACCAACAACAUCUAGUCACAUGCCAACAAAAUCCCACACUAGUACGAAUUCAACCGCAACAAAUCACACAACAGUAACUACGCCCGAUCACGCACCAACAGCAUCGUCCAGUUACACAUCAGAAAACAUACCAACUCACACACCAACAGAAAAACAUAGUCGCAAACCAACAACUUAUAGUCAUACUCCAGCAAUAACACACAGACACACAAUAACAACAGUUACAACACAACCCGAUAUAGCAAUACCUACAACGCAAUCUGACGUAACAACUACAACACGACAUGACACAACAAGUAGACCAAGCACUGACAUAACAACAUCCACAAUACAAGAUGACAUAACAGCGACUACACAACUUGAUACAACAACUGAUACAACAAAACUUCACACAACAGGAGCGACAGCACAAUCUGACUUAACAACAGCUGCAACACAUCAUCACGUAACAGCUACACCACAACCUGACUCAGCAACAGCUACAUCACAAACUGACAUUACAGCGGAUACAACACAGUCUGUUACAACAGCUACAGCAGCGACAACACAAUUUCACAUAACAACUACAACACAAUCUUACACAACAAGAGCAACAACACAACCUAACAUAACAAUAGCUACGAAACAGCCUCAUACAAUAACUAUAACACAACCUGAAAUCACAACAGAUACAACACAGCAUCACAAAACAACAGCUACAACACAACCUGACAUAACAAUAGCUACGAAACAGCCUCAUACAACAACUAUAACACAACCUGAAAUCACAACAGAUACAACACAACAUCACACAACAACAGCUACAACACAACCUAACAUAACAAUAACUACGAAACAGCCUCAUACAACAACUAUAACACAACCUGAAAUCACAACAGAUACAACACAACAUCACACAACAACAGCUACAACACAACCUGACAUAACAAUAGCUACGAAACAGCCUCAUACAACAACUAUAACACAACCUGAAAUCACAACAGAUACAACACAACAUCACACAACAACAGCUACAACACAACCUGACAUAACAAUAGCUACGAAACAGCCUCAUACAACAACUACAACACAACCUGAAAUCACAACAGAUACAACACAACAUCACACAACAACAGCUACAAUACAACCUGACAUAACAAUAGCUACGACACAACCUCACGAAAUAACUACAACAACUAAAACGCAAAUAGACAUAACAACAGCUACAGCACAGCAAGAAACAACAAUAGAUGAAACACAGCUUGAUGUAACAACAGCUACAAUACAACAUGAUACAAUAACAGGAACAACAAAAUUAGACGUAGCAACAUCUUCAACAGAACAUGAUAAGGAAAUUACUACAGCAAACUCGGAUGUAACAUCGGCUACAACACAACAUGUGAAAACAAAAGCUACAACACAACCUUUCUCAACAAUAGGUACAAUAAAAUCUGACAUAACAAUAGAUAAGACUCGAAGUGAAACAACGUUAGGUUUAACACAAAUCGACAUAACAACAGAUCCUACGCAAUCUGAAGCAACAAUAGCUACAACACAACCUGAUAUGACAACUGCUCAAAAACAAUCUCGCUUAACAACUACAAUGCAAUCUGACACAAAAAUAGGUACCACACAACCCGCUAUAGCGACAACUAUGACACAACCCGACAUAACAACAGCUAGAACACAAGUUGACAAAAGUACAACACAGCCUUACACAACAAGUGGAACAAUACAACCAGAUUUAACAACAGCUACAAUACAACCUGUCUUAACAACAAAUACAUUACAAACUAACACAAGACAAACAACAACAACCAUAACUGAACAACCAACCAAAACAGAACCAAGGACAACCGCAGUAGAAUUAACCACAACAGAUACAACAAGCACAACUGAACCAACAACUACAAAAGAAACAAGAACAAACACAAGAGCAACAAGAAGAGCCACAACAAAACCAGCAACCAAAACUGAAACAACACCCACAACAAAGCCAUCUUCAACAGGAAAACCAGCAGUCAUAACAAAACCAACAACCACAGGAAAAUCAACAGCCACAACAGAACCAACAACCAUAACAGAGUCAACUACAACAACUGAACCAACAACCACACAAAAACCAACAACCAAAACAGAGUCAACAUCCACAACGGAGCAAACAACCACAACAGACUCAACAACCACAAGACAACCAACAACCAAAACAGAGACAAAUACUAUAGAAAAACCAACAACCACAACAGAGCCAAUAAUCACAACUGAACCAAUAACUACAAAAGAACCAAUAACCACAACAGAACCAACUACCACAGGACAACCAGCAACUACAACAGAGCCAACAACAGCAACAAUGUCAGAUACCAUAGGGAAAACAAUAACCACGUCAGAACUAACAACUACUAUAAAACCAACAACCACAAUGGAACCAACAACAACAGAACCAAAGACUACAAUGGAACCAACAACAACAACAGAACCAAAGACCACAAUGGAACCAACAACCACAACAAAACCAACAGCUACAACUGAACCUACAACCACAACCGCAGUUGAACCAAGAACUAAAAAUGAACCAGCAACCACACCAGAGACAACUAACGCAGAAAAAGCAAGCACAACUAAACAAACAACCACAACAGCACCAAAAUUUACAACAGAACCAACAACUACAACAGAAACAACACCUACAACAGAACCAACAAAUACAACAGAAACAACAACCGCAACAAAACUAACAACCACAACAGAAGCAAUUGCUACAGCAAAGCAAACUACCACAGAAGAAGCAGCCACUACAAAACCAAUGGCCACAACAGAGCAUAUAACCACAACAAAGCCAUUUACCACACAAAAACCACAAAGCACAACAAAAUCAACAACCACAACACAACCGACAACAACCGCAACUGAGCCAACUACCACAACAAGGCUAACAACUAGAACAAAACCAUCAACCACACCAAAACCGACAACCACAACAGAAACAACAACCACCACAAAACAAGGAACCACAACAAACCCAACAAUCACUUCAGAGGUAACAACUACCACAUCGGAGCCCACUACCACAGAAAAACCAACAAUCGCACCAAAUCCUACAACCACAAAAAAACAAACAACCACAAUUAAAUCAAGGACCACAACAGAACCAACAACGGCAACAAGAUCAACAACCACAGGAAAACUUACAGCCACAAUAAAUCCAACGACAAUAGAAUCAACACCCAUAAGACAGCACACUACCACAGGAAAACCAACAACCGAAACAAAAACUACAAGCACAACCGAACCGACAUCUACAAGAGAGCCGACUACGACAACAGAACCAAUACCAACAACAGAGUCAAAUGCCUCAACUGAACCAACAACUACAACAGAAUCAACAACCACAAUAGGACCAACAACAAAACCGAUAACCACAAAAGAAAUAACAACCACAACAAAGCCAAAGACUACAACAGAGCCAACUACAAUACCAACGACCACAACAAUACCAAUAACCACAACAGAACCCACAACCACAACAGAACCAACAACCACAAUACCAACAACCACAAAAGAAGCAACAAUCACAACAAUACCAACAACCACAACAAUACCAACGACCACAACAAGACCAACGACCACAACAAAUUCAACAACCACCACAAUACCAACAACCAUAGCAAAACGAACAACCACAUCAGAACCAACAACCACACCAGAACCAACAAUCACAACAGGUUCAACAACCACAUCAGAGAUAAAUACCACAGAUAAGACAACAACCACAACAAAAUUAACAACCACAGCAAAACCAAUUACCACAACAAAAGCUAUGGCCACGACAACACAAACAACCACAACAAAACCAACAACUAAAUCAGAAUCAACAACCACAACAAAGCCAACAACCACAACAGCGCCAACCACCACACCGGAAACCACAACUCCAACAAUACCAACAACCACAAUAAUGCCAACAGCCACAAAAUUGCCUGCAACCACAACACAACCAACAAUUACAUCAGAACCAACAACCACAAGACCGACAACCACAAGACCGACAACCACAACGGAAACAACACCAGAACCCAAAUCCAAAACAGAACCAACAACCACAGCAGAACAAACAACAACAAAAGAACCAAUGAUCACAACAGAACCCACAACCAAAAUAGUGCCAACUACCACAACAAAAGCAACAACCACAAUAAAGCCAACAGCCACAGAAAAACUAAAUGCAACAGCAAAACUAACAACUACAACUGUACCAACAACUACAACAGAACAAACAACCACAGCAAAGUCAUCUACCACAACUGAGCCAACAAUCACAGCAAAACCAACAACCACGAUAGAACUAACAACUACAACGGAACCAACAACCACAACACAACCAACAACCAUAACAGAACCAACAACCAAAGAAAGGCGAACAACAUCAACAAAGACAGCUACCACAACCACACCGACAGCCACAACAGAACCAACAACCACAACGGAGGUAAAUAUCAGAAAAAGACCAAUAACAACAACAGAGCCAACUACAAGUGAGCCAACAACCACAGGAAAAACAACAACCACAACAACACCAACAACCACAAACAAAACAACAACAGAACUGAAAAUCACAACGAAGACAUUUAUAGCAGGAAAACCAACAACCACAACAGAGCCAACAACCACAAUAAAACCAAGAACCACAACGGGACCAAGAACCACAACAAAGCCAACAACCACAACAAAACCAGCAACAAAUCGAAGACCGACAACCACAACAGAGCCAACAGAUACAAAACAUACAGCAACCAAGACAGAACCAACAAUCACAACAAAACCAUUAACCACAACCGAAGCACCAACCACCACAGUACUAACAACCACAACGAAACCGACAGUAACCACAUCGGAACCAACAACGACCAAAACUGAACCAACAGCCACAGCAAAGCCAACAACUACAACAGAACCAGCAACCACAAGAAAACCAACAAUAACCACAAAAGAAUCAAGAACCACAACAGAACUAACAACCACAAAAGAGCUAACAGAAACCAGAACAGAACCAAUAACAAACACAACAAAAGCAACAACAACUACAAAAGAACCAACAACAACCACAACCGAAGCAACGUCAGUUGCACCGAAUCGGGCAACAGUUACACCAAAACCAAGUACAACUAGAACAGAACCAACAACAAUCGCAACAGAAUCAGCAACAACCACCACAACAAUGAAAGCAACAACAACGACAACAGAACCAAAAACAAUCACAGCAGGACCAACAACAACCAAAAUAAAACUAACACAAAUUGCACUCGAACCGUCAACAACUUCGACAGAACAAACAGCAACCAGAAGAGAAUCAACAACAACCACAACAGAACCAACAACAGCCACAUCAGAACCAAAACCAACCACAACAGUACAAAAAACAACCACAGCAGAACCAACUAAAACCACAACAGAGCCAACAACAACCACAACAGAACCAACAGUCACAGCAGAACCAAAACCAACCACAACAGUACAAAAAACAACCACAGCAGAACCAACUACAACCGUAGCAAAACUAACACAAACUGCACUCGAACCGUCAGCAACUUCAACAGAAACAACAAUCAGAAGAGAACCAAUUCCGACCAAAGCGGAAACAAGAACAACAACCACGCACCCGACAGGAACAACAGGAUCAACAACAAUCGCAAAAAGAAAACCACCAUUAACAACAACAACAACAGCAACAGCAAAACCACCACUAACGACAACAACAAAACCAACAAUGACCACAACAGAAUCAAUAACCAUAACAGAACCUAAAACCACCGCAACGAAACCAAUAACAGUCACGGUAGAACCAACAACAUCAUCAACAGAACAAACUACAACCACAACAGAACCAGCCGCCACCACCGUCACAAUACCAAUGACAACCACACCAAAAACAAAAUUAUCCACAACAGAAUUAGCAAGAACGGCAGAAAAAUCACCGAUUACAGCAGAAUCAGCAACAAUGACAACACAACAAAUAAAUACUAGACCAGUCCCAACAAAAGCUGAACCUGAGCCGACAACAAUCUUAUCAAAUCCAACAAUAGCUAUAACAGAACCAACAACAACCGCACCAAAAUCAACGACAACAACCACAAGACAAACAAGGUCAACCACAACAAAACCAGCAACAACCAUACCAGUACCAAAAUCAUCUACAACAAAUCCAACAAAAAUCACACCAAAACCAACAACUACUACACCGGAAGCAACAAUAGCCACAACAGAACCAAAACCAAAACUAGCAACUACAACAGAAUCAAAAACAUCACAGGCAACAACUACCCUAUCGAAGUCACAACCAUAUACAAUAGAGUCAACAACUACCACAGUGGAACGAACAAGAACCACAACAGCAGCAGCAACAACAACCGUAGAACCAACAACGUCCACAACGCAAACAAUAAAACCUACAUCGGAACCAAAAACAACCACACCACAACCAACUCAAAUGACUACAGAAAGAGCAACAACCACAUCAAAACCAUCAUCAACAACACAGCCAGAAACAACUGCACCAAAACCCACAACAACCACAAGAAAACCAGCAACCACCACAAAAGGACCAACAACAACAGAGACAGAACCAGCGACAACCAUAACAGAACAAUCAACAACCACGCCAAAACCAACAACCACAACAGAACCAACAGCAACUAGAACAAUCACCAAAUUAACCACAACAGUACCAACAAGGCCGACAGAAAAAACAACAAACACAAUAGAACCAACAACAAUCACAACAGAACAGACAACAGCCAAAGCAGAACCAACACUACCUACAACAGAGGCAGCAACAACCACAACAAAACCAACAACAACCACUACAGAACCAAAACUGACCACAAGAGAACCAACACCAACCACAACAAAAUCAGCGACAACCACUACAGAACCAAUAAUAACAACAACAAAACGAACACCUCACUCAACAGAACCAACAACAAUCACUGCAGAACCAACAACAACUUCAACAAAACUCACAACAACCAGAAUAGAGCCGACAACAGACACAACAAAACCAAGAACGACCAUAGCAGAGCCAACAACAGCCACCAUACAACCAACAACACCCGCUACAGAAACAACAACCACAACAAAACCAACAGCAACUACAACUCAAACAACAACCACAACAGAACCAACAACAACCACUACAGAACCAACAACCACAACAGAACCAACAGCAACUACAACUCAAACAACAACCACAACAGAACCAACAACAACCACUACAGAACCAACAACCACAACAAAACCAACAACAACCACCAUACAACCAACAACACCCGCUACAGAAACAACAACCACAACUACAGAACCUACAACCACAUCACAACCAACAACAACCACUGCACAACCAACAACAACCACAACAAAACCAACAACCACAACAGAACCAACAACAACCACUACAGAACCAACAACCACAACAGAACCAGCAACAACUACAACAGAAACAAGAACAUCAACUACAGAAACAACAACAACAACAGAACCAACAACAUCCACUACAGAACCAACAACCACAACAAAACCAGCAACAACCACAACAGAGCAACCAAAUACAAUCACAACAACAACUACAACCGAACCAAUAAUUACAACACAAACAACACCCACAACUGACUCAACAACUACAACAACACUAUCAUCCACAACAGGACCAACAGCCACAACAAAACCAACAACCACAACAAUACCAAUAUCAACAAUAGAACCAACAAUCACACCGGAAACAACAACCACAACAAAGCCGACAACCACAACACAACCAACAACCACAACACAACCAACAACCACAACACAACCAACAACCACAACACAGCCAACAACCACAGGAAAACCAAUAAUAAUCAAUACAGAGCCAGCAACAAUCAUAACAACAACCACAACAAAACCAACAUCUCUCACUACAAAAGAACCAACAACAACUACUACAGUAACAGACACAACAAAACCAAGAAUAACCAUAGAAAAACCAACAACAACCACUGCACAACCAACAACAACCACAACUACAGAACCUACAACCACAUCACAACCAACAACAAUCACAACAGAACCAUCAAAAAUCACAACUACCACAACAAAACCACCAACUCCCACUACAGUACCAACAAGAACCACAACGAAACCAACAGCUCCCACUACAGUACCAAUAACAACCACAACAAAACCAACAACAACCACAAAAGAACUAACGACACACACUACAGUACCAACAAUAAUCACAACAAAAACAACUACAACUAAAAUAGAACCACCAUCCACAACAAAACAAAAAGCAACCUCUACUGAACCAACAAUAGCUACAACAAAACAAAAUACAGCCGCUAUAGAAUCAACAACAACCAAAACAGAACCGACAACAACAACAACAGUGCCAAUAACCACCAUAAAACGAACAAUAAUCACUGCAGAACCAACAACAAUCACAACAAAAUCAAAAACAACUACAAUAGAACUAGCAAAGACCACAACAGAACCAACAACAACCACAACAAUAUCCACAACAGAACCAACGACUCUCACUACAACAGAACCAAAUAUGACCACAACAGAACCAAAAACAACUACUACAGAACCUAUAACAGCCACAACAAAACCAAGAACAACCACCAUGCAACCAACAACACCCACUACAGAACCAAAAAUCACAACAGAACCAACCACAACAGAACCAACAACAACCAAAAGAGAACCAAUAACAACCACAAUUGAACAAGCAACAACCACUACAGAACCAACAACAACCACAACAGAACCAACAACAACCACAGCAGAACCAACAACAACCACAACAGAACCAACAACAAUCCCACCAGAACCAACAACAACCACAACAGAACCAACAACAACCACAACAAAUCCAACAGCAACCACAACAGAAGGAACAACAACCACAACAGAACAAAUAACAACCACAACAGAACCACCACCAACAACAACAGAACCACCAACAACCACUACAGAAACAACAACAACCACAGCAGGACCAACCACAACCACAACAGAACCACCAACAACCACUACAGAACAAACAAGCUCAAUAAAACCAACAACAGCCACAACAGAACCAAGAACUUCUACUACUACAGAAUCAACAACGACUACAACAGAACCAACCACUACUACGGAACCAACAACACCCACUACAGAAACCAAAACAAUAACUGCAGAACCAACAACAACCAUUACGGAGCCAAGAACAAUCACAACAAUUCCAACAACAACCACAACAAAACUAACCACACCAAAACCAACAACAACCACUACUGAAGCAACAACAACCACAGCAAAACCAACAACAAUAACAACAGGAUCACCAACUCCCACUACAAAACCAAGAACAACUACAACAAAACCAACAAGCAGCACAGGAGAACCAACAACAACCAUGUCAAAGCCAACAGCAACCAUAACAGAACCAACAACACUCAAUACACAACCAACAACAUCCUCAAAACUGCCAACAACAGCAACAACCGCGACAGAACGAGUAACAACGGAACCAACAACAGCCACAGCAGAACCUCCAACUGGCACGACAAAGCUAACAACAACAACCGCAAAUGAACCAAAAACAACACCACUAAAUCCAACAACAACUGAACCAAAACCACUUGUAGCAACAAUAGAACCAAUAACAACCACACGAAAACGAACAACCACAGCAGAACCAACAACAACAGAGCCAACAAUAACCACGCCAAAACCAAUAACCACAACAGAAGCAACAACGACCACAACAGAACCAAGAAUGUCAUCACCACCAAGAGCAACCAUAACAGCAACAAUCUCAGACACAACACCGAGUGCAACUUCAAUAACAAGCUCAACAGAAACAUCAGCGACAACAUCACAACUAACGUCAACUACAACAACACUAAGAACAACCACAAGAGUACCAACAACUGCAACAUCUCCACCUACAGCAGACACAACAGCACCAACAACAGCUACAAGAGAACCAACAGCUUUAUCAUCACCAACAUCUACAACAGAACCUACAAUAACAACAUCACCAACAACAGCAUCACCAAUAACAAUAUCACUAACAACAAAAACAGCAUCAGCAACAAAAACAACAUCCCCACCAGCUACCACCACAACUGAACCAAAAAGAAAUACAUUAGAUCCUAGAACAGCAGCCACAACACAACGAACAAGCGCCGCAGCUGAACCAGCUACAACAACAACGAAAGAAACUACAUCCAAAAUCACAUCGGAAACAACAACAAUCACAACAGCACCAACAACAAGUACUUCAACAGCACAAUUAAAGACCAUAACAAAACCAAUAUCAUUACCAACAACAACAACAACAACCACAACCCGAACACAACCAGUUACAACAGCACCAAUGCCAGCAACAACCACACUACAACUUGCAACAGCGACCACAAGAGAACCAACAUCUACAAAUACAUCGGAAACACCAACAACCACUAUACUAACAGCAACAACAACCCCAACCACAACGCCAAGUGCAACGUCAACAACAGGCACAAAUGAAUCAUCAGCAACAACAUUACCACCAAAAUCAACUGCAACAGAUCAAAGAACGAUAACAACAAUACCAACAACUAGAACAUCUCCACCUUCAGCAACUUCAACAGGACCAACAACAACCAUUAGAGAGCCAACAACUCCAGUAACAACCACAACAGAUCAAACAACAAUCACAAAAGCUCCAACAACAAUAAUCCCAACAGGACUAACAACGGCCACAACUGAACCACCAACAACGUCACCGCAAAUAACAACCAUGCCAAAAACCACCACAGAACCAACAACAACCACAAUAGAACCAAUAACCGCAACUAUAAUAGAAGCAACAACCACAAACUCAAUGAAACCAAGAGACGCAUCCACGACUGAAGAAACAGCAACUACCGUCACAACACAACCAAUAGCAACGUCCACAGAACUAACAUCAACCACAACACAAACAACCACAACACAAACCACCACGGAACCAACAACCACAACACAAAUAAGAACCACCACGGAACCAACAACCACAACAACAGAAACGAAAACCGCAAUCACAUCAAAACCAGCAACCACAACAGGACCAACAACUACAACAGAACCAAAAUCUACAACAGAACCAACAAUAACCACAACAGGACCAACAACCACAGUCACAACGAAACAAACAAGUACAGCAGAACCAAAAAUCACAACAGAACUAAAAGCCACAACAGAACCAAAGACCACAAUCACAACAAAACCAUCAACAACUAAAACAGGAUCAAAAUCCUCAAUCACAACAGACCAAAUAACAACCACCACAGAACCAACAAUAGCCACAACGGAAACAACAACCACAACAGAUGCACCAACAACUGAAACAAAACCAACAACACACCCAACAGUACAAACAGCCACAACACCAACAACACCCAGAACACAAACAGCAACACCCACAGCACCAACGACCACUACAAUAGAACCAACAGCCACAAUCACAACAGAAGCAACAACAGCUGCAACACAAACAACAACCACCAAAAUAGGACCAACAGCCACAAUCACAUCGCAACCAGCCACAACAAAAACAGCAACGGCCACAGAACUAACAACCACCCCAACAAGACCAACAACUACAAUCACAACCGGGCCAGCAAUCACAAGACCAACAACCACAAUCACAACACAAGAAACAACCAUAACAGCAACAAGCACUGCAGAACUGACAACAAACACAACAGAACCGCCAACUACAAUCACAACAGAACGAACAACAACCACCAUAGAAUCGAUUACAAACAGACUAGUUCCAACAACCACAUUAGAACCAACAUUAACAACCGCAACAGAACCUACAAUGUCAUCACAAGCAACAACCACAACAAAACCAACAACAAUCAGAACACCAACCAUAGCAACCACAAUUAAACCAACAUCUACAACUACAUCAGGUACAACAACAACAGCUACAAAAGCAGCACCAACUCCAACCUCAACAUUAAGCACUAAAGAACGAGUGUCAACAGCAGCAGCAAGGGAACCAACAACAAUCACUACACAACAAACAACUGCAACCAUCUCUGGACCAACAUCUGCCACAACUGCAAGCACAACACCUACCACAACAGAAGCAACAACAACCACAGCAACAUCAACACUUACAAUAUUGCAUACCACAAAUAGAAUGUCACUAACUAAGCCACGUACAACUGAAGCAAGCACACCCUUAGCGCAUUCACCCUCUACAGUCAGAUACGAAACAUCCAGCAACCUUGAAACAGGUACUGUCACAACAGGAGGAGAAACUUCUCUACCAUCGACAAGUACAGGCUCAUUAGAAUAUAAACAGACACCCUCUAUUACAACACAAGGUGCACAAGAUCUAACAUCUUCAACCGUUACACUUUCAUCUGUAGAUGAGACUUCAGAAUUUUCCACGCAUGAAGAAUCAUCAAACUUAGCAUUCCCUAAUUCUCUUCCACCGACUCCGUCUACAGAAAUGUAUACGUCUUCUCAACACAUUACAGAAGAUUUCUCGAAGCAUUCCACAAAAUUUAACAUUCCAGCCAACAUGACACAGGAACCAUCUAAAACCACUACACACAUCUCUACAUCACAAACAACAGCAACAAUGAAAAAUAUGAAUACGCCAACUACUACUACUACUACAUCACAUACUAGAGCAACAACAUACAUCAAUAUUACACCAACAACUACACCAGACGCUACAGCAAAGACAAACAUCACUACAACACAAACAGUAACAGAAAUUACAACGAAUAUACCGACAACUGCAUCAGAAAAGUUGCGAAUACCGCAGCAAAAUGAUACAAUGCAAAGUACAGCAACGAAAGACACCAUGGUUACUCCGACUACUCCGUCACCAACGACAGCAGUGACACACAAAUCUUCAAUUAGAGACACAACAUCACAAAAUAUAGCAACAGACAAAACUAUAACACAAACAACUACAUCACAAACUACAGGCACCACUGUUACACCAACCACUACAUCACGAACCACUGCAUCAACAGACACCACAGCUACACCAGAGACAUCACAGACAACAGCAAAAACAAACCUUCCUACUACACUAACAACUACAUCACAAACUACAACAGGCACCCGUACAACACCAUCGACUACAUUACAAACAAGAGCAACAGCAGAUGGUAGUACUACUACACUAGCAACUACAUCAGAAAGUACACCAACAAAAGGCAGUAAUAUCACACCAGCAACUACACCACAGACUGCAACACCAGGAACCACUAGUACACCUACAACUACAACACAAACUACGCCAACAAAAGGCACCACUAUAACAUCAACAACUACACCACAAACUACAGUAACAGUGAGUACCACUACCAUGCCACUCACUACAACGCAAACUACAGCAACACUAGGCACAACUGUUAAACCACACACUAUGACACAUACUACAGCAACAGUGGGCACCACUACUACACAACCCACUACAAUACAAACUGCUGCAAGGACAAGUAUCAUUACUACCCCAGCAACUACAUCUUACACUACAUCAUCAACAGGCACCACUAGUACAUCAGCAACUACAUCAGAAACUACACCAACGACCGACACUAGUACCAUACAAGUAACUACACCACAAAGCAAAGUAACAGCGGGUACUCUUUCUACGUCAUCAACUACAUCACAAACUACAGCACUGAAUGAUACAGAUAUUACACCAACAACUACACCACAAGCAUCAACAACAGCAGACACUACAACGGCCCAACAACUACUUCACACACCACAGCAAUCAAAUACUACUACCACACCUCCAACUACAUCACAAACAACAGCAACAAUAGACAUCACUACUGCACCAGCAACUACAUCACAAACUACAGCAACAUCAGGCACUACUGAUACGCCAGCAGCUAUGCGUAGUAUUACUACAGCUGAAACUACAUCACAAACUACACCAACAGCAGGCACCACUAGUACAUCAGCAACUACAUCAGCAUCAACAACAACAGACAGUACUACAUCACCAACAACUACAACACAAACUAACGUAACUGCUGGUACUACUAAGACAACACAAACUACAGCAAUAACAGAUACCCCUACUACACCAUCAACUACAACACAAACUACAGAAGCAACAGAUACCACUACUCCACCAACAACUACAUCACAAACGACAUCAACGGCAGCAGGUGCCACUACUACACCACUCACUACAACACAAACUACGGCAAUAACAGAUACCAUCACUACACCACACACUACAACACAAACUACAGCAAUAACAGAUACCACUACUGCACCACUCACAACAACACAAACUACGGCAAUAACAGAUAACACUACUGCACCACUCACUACAACACAAACUACAGCAAUAACAGAUACCACUACUACAUCACCCACUACAACACAAACUACAGCAACAACAGAUACCACUACUCCGCCUACAACUACAUCACAAACUACAGCAACAACAGAUAUCACUACUACACCACCCACUACAACACAAACUACAGUGACAACAAAUACCACUACUCCGCCAACAACUACAACACAAACUACAGCAAUAACAGAUACCAUUAUUACACCACCAACUACAACACAAACUACAGCAAUAACAGAUACCGCUACUACACCACCAACUACAACACAAACUACAGCAGCAGCAGAUACCGCUACUCCGCCAACAACUACAACACAGACUACAGCAAUAUCAGAUACCACUACUACGGCAACAACUACAUCACAAACUACAACAACAACAGAUACCACUACUCCGCCUACAACUACAUCACAAACUACAGCAACAACAGAUAUCACUACUACACCAUCAACUACAACACAAUCUGCAGCAAUAACAGAUACCACUAAUACACCACUAACUACAUCACAAAAUACAUCAAGUGCAGCAGGUGCCACUACUACACCACAAACUACAACACAAACUACAGCAAUAACACAUACCACUACUACACCACUUACUACAACACAAACUACAGCAAUAAGAGAUACUGCUACUACACCAUCAACUACAACACAAACUACAGCAACAAUAGAUACCACUACUCCGCCUACAACUACAUCACAAACUACAACAACAACAGAUACCAGUACUCCGCCAACAACUACAACACAAACUACAGCAAUAACAGAUACCACUACUACACUACCAACUACAACACAAACUAUAGCCACAACAGAUACCGCUACUCUGCCAACAAGUACAACACAAACUACAGCAAUAACGGAUACCACUACUAUACCACCCACUACAACACAAACUACAGCAACGAAAGAUUCCACUACUCCUGCAACAACUACAGCACAAACUAUACCAAUAACAGAUACCACUACUACACCACUUACUACAACACAAACUACAGCAACAAGAGACACCACUACUCCGCCAACAACUACAACACAAACUACAACAAUAAGAGAUACCACUUCUACACCACAAACUACAGCAAUAACAGACACCACUACACCGCCAAGAACUACAACACAAACUAGCGAAAUAACAGAUACCACUACUACACCAACAACUGCAACACAAACUACAACAACAAGAGACACCACUACACCGCCAACGACUACAACACAAACUACAGCAAUAACAGAUACCACUACUACACCACAGCCUACAACACAAACUACAGCAAAAAGAGACAUCACUAUUCCGCUAACAACUACAACACAAACUACUGCAAAGACGGAUACCACUACUACAGCACCAACUACAACACAAACUACAGAAACAAAAGAUUCCACUACUCCUGCAACAACUACCGCACAAACUGCAGCAAUAACAGAUAGCUCUAUUACACCACAAGCUACAACAAUAACUACAGCAAUAACAAACACCACUACACCACCAAGAACUACAACACAAACUACAGCAAUAACAGAUACCACUACUACACCACCAGCUACAACACAAACUACAGCAAAAACAGAUACCACUACUACCCCACCAACUACAACACAAACUACAGCAACAACAGACACCACUACUCCGCCAAGAACUACAAUACUCCUUACAGCAAUAAAAGAUACCACAACUACCACAUCAACUACAGCACAAACCACAUCAACGGCAGCAGCUACAUCACAAACUACUGCAACGGCAGCAGGUGCCAGUACUACACCACUUACUACAACACAAACUACAGCAAUAAGAGAUACUGCUACUACACCAUCAACUACAACACAAACUACAGCAACAACAGAUACCACUACUACGCCAACAACUGCAACACAAACUAUUGCAACAACAGAUACCACUACUACGCCAACAACUACAACAGAAACUACAGCAAUAACAGAUACCACUACUACACCAUCAACUACAACACAAACUACAGCAACAACAGAUACCACUACUACGCCAACAACUGCAACACAAACUACAGCAACAACAGAUACCACUACUCCGGCAACAACUACAAUACUAACUACAGACAUAACAGAUACCAGUACUACACCACCAACUACAUCACAAAUGACACCAACCGCAGCAGGUGCCACUACUACACCACCCACUACAACACAAACUACAGCAAUAACAGAUACCACUACUACACCACCGACUAUAACACAAACUAAAACAACAACAGAUACCACUACUACUACAACACAAACUACAGCAACAGCAGACACCACUACUCCACCAACAACUACAACGCAAACUACAGCAAAAUCAGAUACCACUAGUACACCACCAACUGCAUCACAAACGACAUCAACGGCAGCAGAUGCCACUACUACACCAACCACUAUAACACAAACUACAGCAAUAACAGAUACUACUACUACGCCAACAACUACAACACAAACUACAGCAACAACAGAUACCACUACUACGCCAACAACUACAACACAAACUACAGCAACAACAGAUAUCACUACUACGCCAUCAACUACAACACAAACUACAGCAACAACAGAUACCACUACUACGCUAACAACUGCAACACAAACUACAGCAACAACAGAUACCACUACUACGGCAACAACAGAUACCACUACUACGCCAACAACUACAACAGAAACUACAGCAACAACAGAUUCCACUACUACACCAUCAACUACAACACAAACUACAGCAACAACAGAUACCACUACUACGCCAACAACUGCAACACAAACUACAGCAACAACAGAUACCACUACUACGCCAACAACUGCAACACAAACUACAGCAACAACAGAUACCACUACUACGCCACAACUACAACACAAACUACAGUACCACUACUACUACAACACAAACUACAGCAACAGCAGACACCACUACUCCACCAACAACUACAACGCAAACUACAGCAAAAUCAGAUACCACUGGUACACCACCAACUGCAUCACAAACGACAUCAACGGCAGCAGGUGCCACUACUACACAAACCACUAUAACACAAACUACAGCAAUAACAGAUACUACUACUACGCCAACAACUACAACACAAACUACAGCAACAACAGAUACCACUACUACGCCAACAACUACAACACAAACUACAGCAACAACAGAUAUCACUACUACGCCAUCAACUACAACACAAACUACAGCAACAACAGAUACCACUACUACGCUAACAACUGCAACACAACUACAGCAACAACAGAUACCACUACUACGGCAACAACAGAUACCACUACUACGCCAACAACUACAACAGAAACUACAGCAACAACAGAUUCCACUACUACACCAUCAACUACAACACAAACUACAGCAACAACAGAUACCACUACUACGCCAACAACUGCAACACAAACUACAGCAACAACAGAUACCACUACUACGCCAACAACUGCAACACAAACUACAGCAACAACAGAUACCACUACUACGCCAACAACUACAACACAAACUACAGCAACAACAGAUACCACUACUACACCACACACUACAACACAAACUACAGCAACAACAGAUACCACUACUACGGCAACAACUACAACACAAACUACUGCAACAACAGAUACCACUACUACGCCAACAACUACAACAGAAACUACAGCAACAACAGAUUCCACUACUACACCAUCAACUACAACACAAACUACAGCAACAACAGAUACCACUACUACACCAACAACUGCAACACAAACUAUAUCAAACACAAUUAUGACUACUACACCAGGAACUACAUCACAUACUACAAGAACAAUUGGUACUACUACAGCUACACCAACAACUACAGCACAUACAACAGCAACAGCAGGUACUACUGCAACACCAACAACUACAUCACAAACUACAGCAACAAGAGUCACCACUACUGCACCAACAUUUAUGUCACAAUCAACUGCAACAGCAGGCAUCGCUACUACACCAGGAACUGCAACACAAACUACAGCAGCAAUAGACAGAACUACUGCACCAAUAGCUACAUCACAAACUACAGCAACAGAAGGCACUACUACCACACCAACUACUAGUCCGCAAACUACAGUAACAGAAGUUAAAACUACUAUACCAGCAACUACGUCACAAACCACAACAGCAGCAGGCACCACUAUUACACUAGCAACUCCAUCACAAAGUACAGCAAUAACAGAUACCACUACUACACCACCAACUACAACACAAACUACAGCAACAACAGACACCACUACUCCGCCAAGAACUACAACACUCCUUACAGCAAUAAAAGAUACCACUACUCCGCCAACAACUACAUCACAAACUACAACAACAACAGAUACCACUACUCCGCCUACAACUGCAUCACAAACUACUGAACCAACAAUAAUAGCUACAACGGCAACACAGCUAAUAACAAAUGUAACAGGAUCAUUAACAACGAAGACAAAACAAUCUUCCCAACAGCCAACAACACAAACCACAACAGAAGCUAUAAGAACUACCACACCAACCAAUAUAUUUACAACAGAUCUUACGAAACAGGCCACGGCACAAUUAGCAUCAACAGAAGAUUCGAUAACAGCAGCACUAAAUAAAACAUCAAAAACAACAACCACAUUACAGCCAACAAUGACAACCACAACCGAACAAAAAACAACUACAAAAAAACCGACAACAACCACAACAGAAUCGACAACAACCAUAACGGAAUCGAAAACAAAGAAUAUAGAAUUAACAAGAGCCAUAACAGAACAGACAACAUCCAAUACAAAAUCUUCAGUAACCAUAACAAACGCCGAAACAGUUACAACAGAACCGACAACAAACACAACAGAACAGACAACUACUACAAGAGAACCAAAAAGAACAACAGCAGAACCAACAACAACAGCAGAAGCAAUAACUACUACAACAACAAAACCAAUAACAACUGAACGACCAACUACAAGCCUAACACAAACAAAACCAACAACUAUAAUAGAACCAAGAACAGAAGCACCAAUAACAACCACAAGACCAACAACAACCACAAACCCAACAACCACAAAACCAACAGCAACCACAGACGUAUCAGCAACCACGAAACCAUCAACGGCUACAAAACCGACAACAGAACCUACAAGGAUUACAACAGAGCACACAACACUCAAAGUAAAACCAAGCAUAGCUAUUACAGAAGCAACAUCAAGCACAGCAGAACAAACAACAACCGCAACAGAGGCAACAACGACAGCAACCACAGCAGGAACAAAAACGACCACUGCGGAAGCAACAACAGCUUCAGCAGAAAUAUCAACGGCCAUAACAGAAAUAUCAACGAACAAGUCAACCACAACAGAAACAACUAUAUCAGAAACAAAAUCAGCAACAGAACCAGCAACAGUCACAACAGAAUCAAAAAUUGCGAUAGAACCAACAACGGCGACAACAACACCAACAAUAACAACAAAAAAAGCGACAACACCCACAACGGAACCCACAACAACAGCAACAACAGAACCGACAAAUAUCACACCAACAGCUCCAUCACAACAUACCAUUAGAGGUACACCUACUACUCUAGUAACUACAUCACAAACUACAGCAACAACAAGCACCUCUACUACACCAGCAACUACAUCGCAAACUACAGCAACAGCAGACACUACUACUACUACUACUAUAUCACCAACCACAUCGCAAACUACAGUAACAACAGACAAAUCUACUACACAAGCAACUACAUCACAAAAUAUAGCUACAACAGGCAUGUCUACUGCACCAGAAACUAUAUCACAAACAACAGCAAGCGUAGACAAGUCUACUACACUACAAACUACAGCAACAGCAAACAUGUCUACUACACCAGCAACUACAUCACAAACUACAGAAACAGCUGACAUGUCUACUACACCAUCAACUACUUCACAAACUGCAGAAACAACAAGCACGUCAACUACACCGUCAACUACAUCACAAACUACAGCCAAAACAUACACAUCUACUACACAAACAACUACAUCACUAAGUACAGAAUCAGUAGGCAGUACUACUGCGCCAACAACUACAUCACAAAAGACAAAAACGGCAGGCACCACUACUGCAACACCAACUAUAUCACAAACUACAGCAAUAACAGAUACGGCUAUUACUCCAACAACUACAUCACAAAAUACCACAAAAAGUAUUAUUACUACUACUAUAUCACCAACUAUAUCACCCACUACAGCAACAACGGGUACGUUUACUACACGUGGAACUACAUCACAAGCUACAGCAACAACAGACACGUCUCCUACAACAGCAACCAUAUCACAAACAACAGCAUCAGCAGACACCACAACUACACCAUCUACAUCACAAACUACUGUAACAGCAGGCACGUCUACUACCCCAGCAACUACGUCACAAACAACAGCAACGGGAGGCACCACUCCUACACCAUCAACUACAUCGCAAACUAUCGCAACAACAGGCACCACAACUACACCACCUACAUCACAAACUACUCUAACAACAGGCACGGUUAUUACACCAGCAACUACAUCACAAACAACAGCAACAGCAGACACCUCUACUACACAAGCAACUACAUCACAAAGUACAGCAACAACUGGCACGUCUACUAUACCAGUAACUACAUCAGAAAGUUCAGAAAUAGUAGGCAGUACUACUGCGCCAACAACUACAUCACAAAGCACAACAACGGCAGGCACCACUACUGCAACACCAACUACAUUACAAACUACAGCCGGAACAGAUACGGCUAUUACUCCAACUACUACAUCACAAAGUACCACAAAAAGUAUUAUUAUUACUACUGUAUCACCAACUAUAUCACCCACUACAGCAACAACAGGUACGUUUACUACACGUGGAACUACAUCAGAAACUACAACAAAGACUAGCCCUGCUAUUACAUCUACAAUUACAUCACAAACUACAACAACACGAAGUACAUAUGCUACACCUGAAACUACAUCACAAACAACAGCAAUAGUAGACUCAACUACAACACCAACAACCACAUCACAAACUACAGCCACGUCUACUACACCAGCAACUAUAUCACAAACUACAGCAACAACAGGCACGUCUACAACACCAGCAACUAUAUCACAAACUACAGCAUCAGCUGGCAUCACUACUACACCAACUACAUCACAAACUACAACAAUGGGAAGCACAUAUGCUACACCUGAAACUACAUCUCAAACAACAGCAACAGUAGGCUCAACUACAACACCAACAACCACAUCACAAACUACAGCUGCAACAGGCACGUCUACUACACAGGCAACUACAUCACAAACUACAGCAACAUCAGACACGUCUACUACACCAGCAACUAUAUCAGAAACAACAGCAUCAGCAGGUAUCACUACUGCACCAACUACAUCACAAACUACAGCAACAACAGGCACGUCUACUACGCAAGCAACUACAUCACAAACAACAGCACCAGCAGGCAUCACUACUACACCAACUACAUCACAAACAACAGCACCAGCAGGCACCACUACUACACGAACUACAUCACAAACUACAGCAACAUCAGACACGUCUACUACACCAGCAACUACAUCACAAACUACAGCAACAACUGGCACGUCUACUACCCCAGCAACUAUAUCAGGAACGACAGUAACAGCAGCCACCACGACUACAUCAACUACAUCCCAAACAACAGCAACAGCAGACAUCUCUACUACACAAGCAACUGCAUCUGAAACUACAGCAACAACAGGCACAACAACUACAACACCUACAUCACAAACUACUCUAACAACAGGCAUGUUUACUACACCUGAAACUACAUCACAAACUACAGCAACAGUAGGCUCAACUACAACACCAACAACCACAUCACAAACUACAGCAACAACAGGCACGUCUACUACGCAAGCAACUACAUCACAAACUACAGCAACAACAGACACGUCUACUACACCAGCAACUAUAUCACAAACAACAGCACCAGCAGGCACCACUACUACACGAACUACAUCACAAACUACAACAAUGGGAAGCACAUAUGCUACACCUGAAACUACAUCACAAACAACAGCAACAGUAGGCUCAACUACAACACCAACAACCACAUCACAAACUACAGCAACAACAGACACGUCUACUACACCAGCAGAUAUAUCACAAACAACAGCACCAGCAGGCAUCACUACUACACCAACUACAUCACAAACUACUGUAACAACAGACACGUCUACUACAACUACAACUACGUCAAAAACAACUGCAACAGUAGGCACCACCACGACACCAUCAACUACAUUGCAAACUACAACAACAGCAGACACCUCUACUACACCAUCGACUACAUCACAAAGUACAGAAACAGUUGUCAGUACGACAGCGCCACAA